AUGUUGAAUCAAUACGAACAUUGUCAAACAUAUACAACUUAUCCAUCUCAUCAAAAUUCUUUUCAUCAUCAUGAUACAUUGACAAAUCCAAUUGUUUCCCAAACAUCACCAACGAAUUAUAAUUUACUGGAUGAAAACUAUAUCUAUACAUCAAUACCACAAUCUUUAUCGGAAAAUUCUUAUGAAAUCUACACACCACAAGCUGAAUCGAUUUAUCAUCCAAUUGAAUCAUUCGAUCAAGGCUAUUAUGAUUUCAAUAAUUCACAAUCUCAUAGUAAUUUUUCAUUAAAUAAUACUCAAUCACAAAUUAUCGAACAUUUAUCAAUCGACGAAAAACCACUUGUAAAUGAAUUGAAAUAUAAAUGGAUGGAAAUAAAACGUGCACCACCUAAAAUAUCAGGUAAAUCGACAGAUUAUAUAUAUCGUACAUCAAGAGAUUGGUCACUAAAUAAUACAACAGGUCGAAUGAAUUAUUCCAAUAAACAAUUGACAGAACUUGAAAAAGAAUUUUAUUUUAGUCGUUAUUUAACACGUGUAAGACGUGUUGAAAUUGCUGCAACCUUACAAUUAAGUGAAAAUCAAGUCAAAAUGCCAUCAGUAUCACAAACAAACAUUUGUAAAGGAGCUAAUCUUCUUUUCGGUGUUAGUGGAAGUGGCAAAAGUUCAACAAUUAAUUAUCUAUGUGGUGAAAUAAAGUGUGAAGCUGGUGAUGCUGAAAGUUCUGUAACACAAAACUGUAAAUUAGUUCGUGUAGAACGUAAAAAUUCAACCUUUUAUGAAAAAUAUUUUUUGGAUAUGCAGGGUUAUAAUGAUAGCCGACCAGAACAGAAUCAAGCUAAAAUAUUUGAAACGAUGAAAUUAUAUUUUAUGGAAAGUGAUAUAACAAUGAUAAAAUCUAUUAUAUUUGUUAUUAGUAUAUUGGAUGUAAGAACUAAUUUGUAUCAACGAUUUUCUCAAUUUUUAGCUGAAUUAUUUCAAAAAGAUCAAGUUGAAUCUAAUGCAAUUGUUAUAUUAACAAAAGGUGAUGAAUUAAUAUUAGAAAAAAAGGAAAAGAAAAUUGAAAAUAUUCGAAAAAAUUUGUUAGAACUUGUAGCUAAUCAUGGAUGGCCUGCAAUACAAAUUAUUGAAUGGUCAAAUGAAAAACCAUUACCAAAUCAAGAAGAGAAAUUGUUAAAUGCUAUUGAACAACUUAAAGGAUUUAAUUUAAAAACAGUAUUACAAGAAGUAGAAGAUGAAAUUAAUUUAGAAGUGCAAGAACUUUAUGAUUCACUUGAUAAUAUUAUAAUAGUAAAACAUGAUGCAAAACAAGAAUUAAAAGAGUUCAAAAUUGAUCGACAAGUAGAAGAGAACAUCGUAAUUAAUUGUGAUCGAGUAGAAUAUGUUACUGUACCGGCUGAAACUCAGAAACGAACAUUAACUGCUGAAAAAUCGGUGCAUUUCAAGGGACAUGUCGCGGGUUCUGAUCUGGAAGAUGCUGAAGAAACUUUCCUGAAUAUCUGUGGCGCACUUGGCGGCAUAGCAGGCACUACCUUUAUUGCUGCGGAAAUGACUGGUAGACAAUAUUUCACACGAACUAAAGAGCUACAAUUUGACCAUAAAGUUACAAAUAUCACAUUCGACAAAACUCCUGAUGAUAUUCAUCUUCUUGAUCGGUUGAAUUACACCAUAGAUCCAGAAGAUCAACGUCGGGUAAAAAUUUUUGCAUAUUUUUCGUGGGGAGGUUCUCCAGUUGUUAGCUGGGACUUCCAUAUGAGAGUAACUGCAACCCUUGAACAGACUUUCAUCACAAGACCAGAAUACAAAAAUAAAAUUAUCGUUCCACACCAGGAAGUUAAAAAAGUUAUGAAAAAUGUUACCGAUUUUAAACAAGAAUUAAUUACAGUAAAAGAACCAUAUGAAGAAAAAAAGUAUAUACGUAACAAAGAACAAAUUAAAAAAUCAUUAAUUCAAGAACGUAUCAACAAAUUAUCAUAA